CGGUUGGUGCGCAGGCGCGGAGGGGCCAUCGCUUCUGACAGAAACUGCGAGCUCAUCCGUCGCCAUCAUGUCGAUCUUCACACCCACCAACCAGAUCCGCCUGACUAAUGUGGCCGUGGUGCGCGUCAAGAAGGCAGGGAAGCGCUUCGAGAUCGCCUGCUACCGGAACAAGGUCAUGGGCUGGCGGAGCGGCACGGAAAAGGACCUUGAUGAAGUCCUGCAGACACACACCAUCUUUGUGAAUGUCUCCAAGGGCCAAGUGGCAAAGAAGGAAGAGCUGGUCAAAGCCUUUGGCACGGAAGACCAGACAGAAAUCUGCAAGAUGAUUCUGGACAAGGGAGAGCUGCAAGUGUCGGAUAAAGAGCGGCACACGCAGCUGGAGCAGAUGUUUCGUGACAUUGCAACCAUUGUGGCAGAGAAAUGUGUGAACCCAGAAACAAAGAGGCCGUACACAGUCAUCCUCAUUGAAAGAGCUAUGAAGGAUAUUCACUACUCAGUCAAACCUGGAAAAAGCACCAAGCAGCAGGCCUUGGAAGUAAUCAAGCAGUUGAAGGAGACUAUGCAGAUUGAGCGGGCGCACAUGCGUCUCCGCUUUGUCCUCCCCCGGAAAGAGGGGAAGAAGCUGAAAGAGAAGCUGAAGCCCCUGAUCAAAGUAAUCGAGAGUGAGGAUUUUGACGAGCAGCUGGAAAUUGUGUGCCUUGUGGAUCCAGGCUGCUUCCGGGAGAUUGACGAGUUGAUCCGGUGUGAGACUAAAGGCAAAGGGACCCUCGAGGUGCUCAGCCUGAAAGAUGUGGAAGAGGGGGAUGAGCGCCUGGAGUAGCCGCUGACCAAUCCCACCCCAACCCCAGCAAGAACUGUAUUAAAGGCUCCCUCGCGUCGCCUGUUUGUGGGUUGACCUUUGCUAUUUUCCCAAUUCUUGUUUGAGCUUUUCUUUGGGUGUUAAUCCCACACCAACAUUGGUGAGUGGUUGCAUUUUAAGGCAACUUGGAGAAUAAGAACCUUCUCAUUUGACUCGAAAGGUGGGAAGCCCUCCCUAGUCGGGUUGGUUCUGCUGGGACUAUUUCCUCGUUCUUUGAGUGCUUAGCUGCAGGGGGUCGAGGGUCCACAAAAUGCCAAAACAUCUUUCCUUAAAGACUGAAGAACAGCAGGCCGCCACUUGUCAGAGAAGAAACUGACCAUAGCCACUAAAAAUAGAUAAAUGGAAAAGCAAGCAUUGGCAGGCCUGAUCCUGCCACAGCCUUAGUAUGCAGCCCCCCUUCCCAGUUGCCUUUUCGUUGCCUGCUGUGAAGGACAGUGACAAGAGAAUGUUGAAUGUGGUGUGUGUGCCUUGGAAGCAGCUUGUGGGUUGCUGGGUCAGGAGGAAAAUCUGUGUGCCCAGCCUUCUGCAGCUGGUUUUGAGUUCCAGCAGCACCACCGUAUGCUUUUAGUGGCUGCGGAGUCAUUGUUUAUGUUGAGGGACCCAUCAAAGCACUGACCAAACACAGAAAAGCCAAGCUCCAGAAAUAAUUGUUCAGAUAAUUUAUUUUGGAAAAAAGAAAAUUAUAUUUACAAUAACUUAAAAUAUAGAAAUCAGUAUUUAUUUCCUAGAUCAGCCUCUUGAUCUAGCAAAAGGCCCAGUGGGCUCCAGUGACUCUCUACCCUUCCCUUGAGUUCUUUCCAUUCAUUGUACCAACUGAUGGUUUGGCAAAUAGACCACACAGGUGAAGACAAUUUAGGUGCCAAGUAGAAAUUGCCAGGAGGCCCUUAAUUUCCUGUAGAUAAGUUUGGGGUUACAGUCAGAUCCCCCCCAAAAAAGCAUUUCCUGCCUGAGUUCAUGUCGUUCUCUGGCACUCUGCAGAGAACGAAGUGCAGACUCUUUGCAGGCACCUCUUUGGGAGCUGCUGCACCUUUAACCUCAGAUACUAGACACUAAGAAAGAGAACUUUAUAAGGCAAGACAUUGUUUUUUCCUUCUAAUGUUGCACUGGUGAGAUGCCAUGAAACUAUGCGUGAAAUAGGGAAGAGUCACCCUGAUGUCCUCCGUCCCCCAUCCCUGUUAUGGGUGCUGCUGAAUAGGGAACACCUGUGGGCCUCCAUAUGAUGAUGCCGUGCUUGUUGGUCCCCGUGAGCCUCAGCCAUCAUUGCCGAGUAAGGUCAAAGAUGCAGAGAGUUGUCCAGCAACCCCUGAAGGGCUGCAGUUUCUCCAUCCCUGCCUGCUCUUAAGGAACACAGACACAGCUCCCCAGCUUUUGGAGGGGGGGGGUAAACGCUGGCUAGAAAGAGAACUGAUUCCUCCACGUUGCAUUGUUUGUGAGUGCAGAGGGGAGCUUCUGAUGAGAGACUUGUGUUAUUUUGGCCUUUGCAAAAUAUAAAAUGCAGAAUCUUCGCAUUGGAUACUGACAUUAAAAUUAGCUUUCUGCUAA